AUAAAGUUAACAUUUUCUUUCGUAUGUAGAAAAAGUUUGCAUGAAACGAAUAUGUCGAAGACGAAGUUGGAUUCUUUGGCAGACUAUGAAUGGGUAGUCAGCCUAAACCGGAGUAGUUUGAAGGUAAUCGGAGUCUGGCCUGUUAAAGAAGACAAGAGAGAGAGAUUGUCCCCGAAAUUUCGCGCAGCGGUAUCGUUGACAAUAUUCAUCUUUUGUCUGAUUCCUUGCAUAUUCGAUUUGAUUAAACAAUGUGAUAGUGUAGUGAUGAUUGUGAAUAACUUUGCUUAUUCCGUGCCUUUAACAAUAACGAUAAUGAAAUUCAGCGUGGUGUUAAACAAAAAGGAAGUUCUCUCGCCGCUCGUGGACAUGAUUGCCGAGGAUUGGGCAAAGUCGAAACCGGACAUCGAGAGAAAUGUGAUGAUACGACGAGCGCGUGUCGGUCGAACAAUCAACGUAACUGGUUUUAUCAUGGGGAUGUUUACAAUAUUGCUCAUAAUACUUCUGCCAAGAUUCGGUAUUUCCAUUCAAUUCGUUAAGAAUGGGACCGAUCCGAAAGACGUUCUCCCAUUGCCAAGCUAUUUUUUCUACGACGUCCACAAAACUCCGCUGUUCGAGAUACUCUACGUUACGCAAACCUUUGGCGUAAUAUUAAUAAUAAAUUGUUACCUCGGGAUCGAUAAUUUGGUUGGGUUGUUAGUUCUGCACAUUAGCGGCCAAUUGAAAAAUCUUCGUGUUCGUCUUGCAAACAUAAAAGAAUCAGAAACUUUUAAUUACGUCUUAACGGCUAUCGUGGAACGACAUAUACGACUUAUCAGCGCAAUUGAUGUAAUCGAAAGUACAUUUACUUUGUUACUUCUGCUGUUGUUAUUGUAUUGCGGUUUGAUCACAUGCAUUUAUGGAUUAUUAAUUAUCACUAUAUUUCUUGAAGAAAAACAGAUCUCCAUGGUUCGCGCAGCUUUCUUUGCGUCCGUUAUUAUAAAUGCGUUCGUUCAAAUGUGUCUCUAUUGUAUCGCAGGACAACUUUUAUUGAGCGAAGCCGAAGGAAUAUUUGAUGCCGCGUAUGAAUGCGGGUGGACGAGUCUCGAUCCAAGAAAAUCAAAGAGUUUGAUUUUCUUGAUGAUAAGAGCAAAUAAGCCAAUUUAUAUAACCGCCGGAAAAAUAUUGCCUAUGACGAUGCCAACGCUCUGUAACGUAAGAUGUUUCCUUUCCGCCUUGAAUUAUUCAUUUUUUCUUCAUCUGUGUGAAUUUUUGUUUCUUAAGUUAAAACCAUUUCAGAUACUAAAGAUAUCAUUCAGCUACAUGUCUUUUCUACUAACGAAGAUGCAAUGA